GUCAAAUUCCGUCUAAUGGAAACGUAACGAGCAACAAUAGAGCGGGCCAGCGACUCAUUGAGACUCCGUCGGGCAGCGCCUGGCAACUCGGCCCGGGGCCGGCGGCUGCUGCUGCGGCAACCCUUGGCUCCGGCUUCAGCUUCGCUCCGGCUCCCGGCUCGGGUUCGGGCACCAUCUCCAGCCCUAGAGCGAGCCUCCAACAGGGCCGCGGCGCUCCAGAACUCUAGGUGGCCACUGGCUGCGACUUCUGCCCUCCCCGCCCCCCCCAGUCCCCGAAGCCGGCCCGGGCCCCCUGAGGUCUCCCCCUCCCCCCGGCUAGGCCCUCCGCCCCCCCCCUCUUCCCGUAGGGAGGGGUUUCUUUAAUUCUGUUCUUGGGGGGAGGUCUAGAAGAGGGGAGUCAGUAGCCGGCUAGGGAAGGAAGGGGAGGGCCUGGGGGGGCCUGCAAGUUGGUGCUAGUGGCCAGGGAGCGGAGAUGGGCAGAUAAGGGAGCUGCCUACGUAAGUGCCCCCUCCCAGGCCCCGGCCCCGGCCCCGGCCCGAGCCUAGCAAGCUGAGCGGGAAGUCUCAUCUGCAGUCCGUUGUGUGCGGCGGCCGACGUCGGCGGCAGCUGCGGAGGAGUCUCGGAGUCCCAGCCAGGCAGACGUGGAAGGCGGGCCUCGAUGGAGCUGCGCUCGGAGCUGCCCAGCGUGCCCUCGGCGGCCGGGCCCCCGGUGGCGCCGGGCUCCGUGGCGUCCGUGGCGUCCGUGGCGGCGGCAGCUGCCGCGGCCGCCUCUCUGCCCGUGAGCGUGGCGGGCGGCCUGCUACGGGCUCCGCCUCUGCUGCUGCGAGCCGCCGAGAAGUACCCGCGCACGCCCAAGUGCGCGCGGUGCCGCAACCACGGCGUGGUGUCUGCGCUCAAGGGCCACAAGCGCUACUGCCGCUGGAAGGACUGCCUGUGCGCCAAGUGCACCCUCAUCGCGGAGCGCCAGCGGGUCAUGGCCGCGCAGGUGGCUCUGCGCCGGCAGCAGGCGCAGGAGGAGAACGAGGCCCGCGAACUGCAGCUGCUCUACGGCACGGCCGAGGGACUCGCCUUGGCCGCGGCCAACGGCAUCAUUCCGCCGCGGCCGGCCUACGAGGUCUUCGGCACCGUGUGUCCGGACAGCGCAAGCGGGGCUGGCCCGGGGCCGGGGCCCGGUUCGGUCGCCGGGGGCGCUGGAGGUGGAGCAGGAGGCACAGAGGCCAAGCUACAGAAGUUUGACCUGUUUCCCAAAGGCCUGCUGCAGCCGGGAGGGGCGGCUUCUCCUCAGCCUCCCGGGGGAAAGCCAGUGUCGCCUGACGGGGCAGACUCCGCGCCCGGCACUUCGUCUCCAGAGGCCCGGCCUGGUUCCGGUUCGGAGAACGGCGACGGUGACUCGUUCCUGGGCUCGCCUCUGUCCAAGGCACUAAAGGAAGGGGGAGGCGGCGGCGGCGGCAGCGGCAGCGGGAGCGGCGGCGGCGGCCCGGGCGACGACGACAGCCCUGGCUCCAUCAGCCCCCUGGGUUCCGACUCGGGCUCCGAGGCGGACAAGGACGAGGCCACGGCGUCUCCGCCGCCGUCGGGGUCGGGCCCUGGGCCCCGGCAGCGGACGCCGCUGGACAUCCUGACCCGAGUCUUCCCCAGCCACAAGCGCAGCGUGCUGGAGCUGGUGCUUCAGGGCUGCGGCGGGGACGUGGUGCAGGCCAUCGAGCAGAUCCUGAAUCACCACCGGGGUGCUGCCGUGGCCGGGGGAGCCGCCGUGGCAGCCGUGGCCGCCGGCGGCCCGGACAAGGGCCCGGACGAAAGCUGGACCGGGCGCGCCGACGGCAGCGGAGGCGCCCUAGGCGCUGCGCUGCAGCCGGGCCCCGCCACCGCCCACCACCCCCAUCACAGACCCUUGCUGGCUGGGGCCAUGACUCCGGCCAUCGGGACCCUGGGCAGCCGAUCGGCCUUCUCGCCGCUGCAGCCCAACGCCAGCCACUUCGGAGCGGAGGCGGGCGCCUACCCGCUGGGCACGCCCCUGGGCCUGAGCCCGCUGCGCCUGGCCUACUCGGCGGCUGCACAUAGCCGCGGGCUGGCCUUCAUGGCGCCCUACUCCACAGCCGGCCUCAUGCCCACGCUGGGCUUCCGGCCGCCCAUGGACUACGCCUUCAGCGACCUCAUGCGGGACCGCUCGGCCUCCGUGCACAAGGAGCCCGUCUACAGCAAUGGGGGCGGCCUCUACGGGCCCCUGGUUAACAACACCCCGGACAAGCAGUAGGGAGGGGCACGGACUGAGGGGAAGGGCCUGGAGCACGCAGUGUGAGGUGGAGCCCGGGCCAGGCCUCCCCCCCCCCCCCAUCCCCAGCACCGGGGCCCAUUUCGGGCGGUACUCAACGCUGCUCUGCGUCCCCCGGGCAGGGAGGAGGGAGGCCGGCUCCGCUCCGGAGACAGGCUGGGAAGGGGGAGAGACUAAGGCAGGCUCGGUCCGGGGACCCCUUUCCGUAGCAACGGCCCGAGGGACAGCCGAAGGGCAGGGGGUUGGGGGCGUGGCCAAGGCCCAAGGUUGCGGGUUCCGGAGCCCUAUCCCAGCCCCAUUAGAAGGCCCUCGGGCUCCCGGAGUGCUCUGGGCCGCCGUCCCCUCCCCGGACGGAUCGUAGGUUGUCAGUUGGUCUCUCCCUCCCCCCGCCCCCCUUCUCGCUUUUCGUUUUUCGUUCGCUCUAACAAAUAUAAAUCUAGGCUGAACAAACCUACUCCUAGCGCUGGGUCUAGUCCUUGGGAGAGGAGGCGGCAGGGCACGCCUCUGUCCGGGUCUCUUGCCUCGGUCCCUGGCUCUGUCCGGGGUCUCUGCCCCUCCCGCUAGAUCGGGGGCCGGCAGAAGCCCCGGGCAGUGGGCUCCGAGCCGGCGCUUUCGUUGUUUCGGUUUUUGUCCCGACCCUCCCUCGUCGCUUACGGUCCGAGCAUGGCUAUUCAUCUCUGGUGCAUUGUGAGGUUUUCCACGUGUAUAACUCUAUGGGUACCUGAUCUCUCCGUAUUCCUAUACAUAUCUAUACGAGCGAGUGUACGAUGUUAUAAAUGGAUUCUAAGUUAUUCGUUGUGAUCUGUAGGUGAACUUGGUAUGAACGUUUAAGAAACACAAUUCCCGAAAGGAAAACAGCCGAGACGGUCAAAUACAAGCAACGACAACCAAA